UACAAAAUCUGCGUGAACAAACAUUUGAACUGAUUUUAGACGAGUAUUCGGGUGUCUUCUACAAUCUGAACGUGUUAUCAUACGAUGAUAUGGUGCAUAAAGGAGUUCGCCAUGAGUUUUUAAUCGAAUCUAGAUUUUCUCGCGAGAGCACAUAUCACGUUCAGGUUGCCAUCAGGCGCCGUGUGACGUUUAUGGCGCCAGAAAUCAAGAAGGAACGCGGGUUGUUAUUUACAGACAUUUUCUGAGUCGCUAAUAUUGAUAUGGUUCUCGCUGUUUGUGUGUGAACGAGCUAACACGAUAAGAUGGUGAUGCUACGCAGGAGUAGUUCAGGUCCGGAGGCGUCGAAGCAGGAUUCUGACAUGGACUUGAGCUCCGAGUUUCUGUCGCUGCGGCGCGGCCAGAAAAAGUCCGCGCGCCCGCAGGAGGGCCUGGAUGACAGCUACAGCAGCACCGAGAACAGCCCCAGUAACGGCUAUUUGUGUGAUAAAGAAAAAAGCGGCAUGAGGACCCGAGCCAAAACAGACAAACAUGCUGUUUCUUUUGCUGAUGUGAAUAACAAACCGAACAACACUACUCAAAAAGAUGAGAAAAGCAUGAGGCACUUAAGGAAAUCCCCAAGAUUGCAAAAGGAUGAGAAGUCUGGUGACGAGAAUAACGUCGAUGCGGUUGACGGGUCAAAAAAUCUCCAUGCGCGGUUACGAGAGAGAAAAGUGGACUCCACUGUUAGACGCAGCUCCAGAAUCACAAGAUACAAGUUUAACGCCAGGGAUCAAUCUGUCCUCUAUGACCGACUCAUUACCAACACUGCAGAAGCUGUUCUCCAGAAAAUGGAUGACAUGCAGAAAAUGCGCCGAAGGCUGGGGAGCAGAGACACUAAAAAGGAGGAACUUCGAAUAUACUCUGGCUCCAAGAGAAAGAGAACCACAAGGUCCACUGGGAGUGCAGAUGAGCAAGAAAACGGCCAUGUUGAAUACACUGAUCAUGAGGAUGAAAAUGCAGAUGGAGAAGGCACAGGAGAAGAAGAGGACAAUGAUGAAGGGGAGGAGGAGGAGGAGGAUGACGAAGAUGAUGAUGAUGAUGAAGAGGAAGAAGACAAUCAGAAACGCUAUGAAUUCAGACAGAGAAAAGCUGUUGUACGUUACCAAGCUCCACUAGAGGAGCCACGGAAGCAGAGUAUAUUUUUCCGCCGGCACUCGACCCCAACCAGGCGGAGAUAUGCGUUCAGCUCUUCAGGGCCAUGCAGUCCAUACAGUAGACGCAGAAGUAACAGUUUUGGGGGAGUUGGACCUGAUGGGCGGAGACAUGCCAUCCACAGCAGUGACUCAACCUCCUCAUCUUCAUCAGAUGAUGAGAAAUUUGAGAGGCGGAGGAGUAAAAGUCGGAACAGGUCUACAAACAGAUGCCUUCCAAUGAACCUCAGAAAAGAGGAUCUCUUGGGAAUUCACAAGGACAGAAUUAAGAUCGGAGCAAGCCUUGCAGAUGUUGAUCCAAUGCAGAUUGACCAAACGGUGCACUUUGACAGCAUUGGAGGUUUGGGCAGACACAUCUCUGCUCUAAAAGAGAUGGUGGUCUUUCCUUUGCUCUACCCUGAGGUCUUUGAGCGGUUUAAGAUUCAGCCUCCAAGAGGCUGUCUGUUCUAUGGUCCUCCUGGGACUGGGAAGACCCUGGUAGCAAGAGCCCUGGCCAAUGAGUGCAGUAAGGGGGAGAAGAAAGUGGCCUUCUUUAUGAGGAAAGGAGCCGAUUGCCUCAGCAAAUGGGUGGGAGAAUCAGAAAGACAGCUCCGGCUUCUGUUUGACCAGGCAUAUCAGAUGCGUCCGUCUAUUAUAUUUUUUGAUGAAAUUGAUGGGAUUGCACCAGUUCGGUCUAGUCGGCAAGACCAGAUCCACAGCUCUAUCGUGUCCACUCUGCUGGCUUUAAUGGACGGACUGGACGCGGGUGAGGUGGUCGUAAUUGGAGCAACUAAUCGACUGGACUCUAUCGAUCCUGCGCUCAGGCGGCCCGGACGCUUCGACAGGGAGUUUCUGUUCAGCCUUCCUGACCGAGAGGCCCGUAAAGAUAUUUUAAAGAUCCACAUGCGUCAGUGGGAUCCGCAGCCAUCUGAUGCGUUCCUUGAAGAACUAGCUGACAAAUGUGUUGGUUACUGUGGUGCAGACAUUAAAGCAGUGUGUGCGGAAGCGGCCCUCUGUGCUCUGCGCCGGCGCUACCCCCAGAUCUACUCCUCCUCACAGAAACUUUUUUUGGACGUCUCAUCUAUCAGCAUAGAAGGCCGUGAUUUCCUGUCCGCCAUGGGGAAGAUUGUUCCUGCCUCCCAGAGGGCUGUGGCGUCCCCAGCCAAAGCCCUGACAUACGUCGUUCAGCCUCUGCUUGCUAACACACUCCGAGAUGCCAUGCAAGCCCUGCAAAAGGUUUUCCCUCAUGUGGAGCAAGGCAUCAAGAAGAAAGACAACAAUGGUGCGGCUGGUGUUUUUGACGACUUGCUGCACAGUGAUGAUGAGGCCUUCUCUAUGUGCAUUAGCAAACCUGCUCAGACAAAUACAGGCCCAACUGGCUCCUUUCUCCAUUUAACCAAGAGUGCUGUUAUGGAGCCAACCACAUUUAGGCCCCGGCUGCUGCUCUGUGGGAGUCCAGGCUCAGGGCAGAGCACUCACCUGGCCCCUGCAAUGCUACAUACUCUGGAGAAGUUUACUGUCUACACUCUGGACAUGGCAGUGCUUUUUGGGGUUGGCACUACCACCCCAGAGGAGGCAUGUGCACAGCUGUUCUGUGAGGCAAAGAGAACGGCUCCCAGCAUCGUGUACAUACCGCACAUCCAGCGCUGGUGGGACACUGUGAGCUCUGCACUCAGGGCCACCUUUCUCAGCCUUUUACAAGACAUCCCAUCUUUCUCGCCCAUCCUCCUCCUCGCCACCUGCAGCCUGUCAUAUCACAGCCUGUACACAGAGGUCCAGGAUCUGUUUCGCAUUGAGUACGGGGAGGUGUUCAAUGUCCCCCUCCCCUCUAAAGAGGAGAGGCACAAAUUCUUUGAGGAUCUCAUUCUGAACCAAGUUGCCAAAGCUCCUCCGUCCAAAAGAGAAGCAGUUCUCCAGGCCCUAGAAGUUCUCCCAUUGGCCCCGCCAUCUACCCCUCGCCAACUGUCUGAACAAGAGCAGCAGAAAUUAGAGGAUCAGGAAGAGGACACACUCAGGGAACUUCGCCUCUUCCUGCGUGAUGUCACCAACAGACUUGUUCAGGACAAGCGCUUUAAAGCCUUCACGAAGCCAGUAGAUACAGAAGAGGUUCCCGAUUAUACUACAGUCAUUAAGCAGCCCAUGGACCUGUCCACAGUCCUCACCAAAAUUGACCUGCACAAAUACGCCACUGUAAAAGACUACCUUCAUGAUGUGGACCUGGUCUGGAAAAAUGCUUUGGAGUACAAUCCAGACACCGAUCCAUCAGAUCGCCUUAUCAGACAUCGUGCCUGCACACUCAAAGACACCGUCCAUGCUAUUAUCAAAGACGAGUUGGAUGAAAACUUUGAAAAGAUCUGUGUUGAGAUUAAGGAGUCCCGCCUGAAACGAGGAUGUACAUCAUCAAGGUUUACACCAUCAUAUUACCAUGUUUUACCAAAAGUCCCGGCAUCAGCAGAACCAAAACCCACAGAGAACGGUCCUUCCAAAGAUGUGGCCCUUGUUACAACACCAGUGGCUAAACCAAAACAUCCAGGUAAUGUGCUUUUAGCCCACUUCACAGAAAAAAGGAGACGCAAGAGGCUUUGGAGCAAUGGGCUUGUGUGCCGAAAGAAGUCCAUACAAGCACAAAUGAAGGACUCUAGCGGUGUCAAGUCAGAUGAAGAAGAUGACGACGAAGAGGAUGAUGAAGAGGGACAAACAGCAGAGCGGGACGUGGAUGGGUCCGAACAGAUGGAUGUGGAGAACAAGGAGAAUGGUUCGACAUCGAAAGAGGACAAGAACGAAACCCUGAAAUCCACACAUGGACACAACAGACACGUCAGCAGUGCAGGAGAUUGCACUGUUUCAUCUCUGGAUGGGAUUCAGAAUGGAAAGGCAUCUCCUGGUAAUCGUAAUGGAGAGAGUGGGAACAAUGGUGAGAUCCAACCAAUGGAACACUCAAGUGAUAAGAGGGUGGAGCCUAGUGCAGAGGAAGAUCCAGGAAAAGGCAUGAGACGUAUGACCAGAGGUUUAAAAUUGCAAGCUCAGCAGCAGAAGGUGCUUGACGUGAACACUGCCAUGAAGAUCCUGGAGCAGAGGAGCCAACCACUCAUUGUGGAUCACAAAAAGCUAAAGGGUCUUUUGCUGGAGGUGGUAGUCAAAACCGAGGGUUACGAGGUGGACCGUCUGGAGAAGCUUUAUGCUCGUUUGUGCCAGAGCAUAUACAGACACAGGAAAAAUCACGACAAGACUGCACUUGUACAGGAAAUGGCAAAGGAAGUGGAGGAGUUUUCAUAGUUUCUGAACAUUACAGUUAAUUCAUGCAUAGUAUUAAAUUAUAUUUUACUACAAUUAUUACAAUCCGACAUGUAUAUUUGUUAUAUUUUCCUGAUAUAUUAAAAAUUUUUGUCAGCA